AUGAAGUGCCUCUACCAGGCUGCUGGCUGGACCCUGCUUGCUCUAGGGGGCCUCAGUGUCUUCUCAGGAGUCCUUGCCUUCUUCCCGGUUUUUUCCAGCAAGUUUUGGUACGCAGGAUGGAGCGUUUGGAUUGCCUGUCCCAUCUGGAACGGGGCUUUGGCCAUCGCAGCUGGGGCACUUGUACUGCUUGCUCACAGACAGUGGAGCCAGAGACACUUGUGGGAAGCUGGCUUCACCUUCGUAAUUCUGAGCUCUAUGGGAUGCCCACUUCAUUUUGCAAUAGCCUUGGAAUCUGCCCUCCUCGGUCCAUAUUGCUUCUACUCCUUUUCAGGGGUGGGAGGAACCAAUUAUCUUGGGUAUGCCAUCACCUUUCCCUUCCCAUACACAAAGUUUCCAUCAGUCUGCAUGGAUCCGCUCCACUAUGAAGAGUAUCACCUGGCACUCCAAGCCCUGGACCUGUGCCUGAGCUUCAUCCUGUUCUGUGUGUCCCUGGGAGUGUUCAUCAAACUUUCUGCCGGACUGAUGCAGAAUGGACACAUAAGUGUAAGAUUUCAACAGAGGGAGGCUGGACUUGCUCAAUCCUGAGUGGUGAAGGGGAAGGCUGAUGGGGCUCCCUAAGAGUUCUCAAUCUAUCCGCUGCAUGGCAACCAGGGUCCAGCAUGUUACAGGCACUCAAUAAUUGAUUUGGGAUGAAUGGGGGUGGGGUAUGGAGGGACUAAAUGGUUCAUUCCCCAAUAGUAGGCACCACUUGCAAUUUUUAUCU